CCGGCCCGGCCCGGUUCCGCAGCAUGUGAGCCCGCGGGGCGGGGAUGCUCUGGCUGCUCUGCGGCCCCUCCGGCGCCAUGGACAGCCAGGCGCUCGUCAUCCGCAUCCAGAUCCCCGACGGAGCCGCCGUGGACUGGACCGUGCACUCCGCACCGCAGCUGCUCUUCAGGGAUGUGCUGGAUGUCAUUGGUCAAGUUUUACCAGAUGCAACGACCACGGCGUUUGAGUACGAGGAUGAGGAUGGAGAUCGGAUCACGGUCAGGAGCGACGAGGAGAUGAAGGCCAUGCUCUCCUAUUAUUACUCCACUGUGAUGGAGCAGCAGGUGAAUGGACAAUUGAUAGAACCUCUCCAGAUCUACCCACGAGCCUGCAAACCUCCCGGGAAAAGGAACAUACAUGGCCUCAAGGUGAACACCAGGGCCGGGGCCGGCGGCGGCGGCGCCGCGGCCACCUCCGACAGCCUCCCCAGCAAUAGUUUGAAGAAAUCCUCGGCAGAGCUGAAGAAAAUCCUCGCCAAUGGCCAGAUGAAGGAACAGGAUAUUCGGUACCGGGAUAUCCUGGGCCACGGCAACGGAGGAACGGUCUACAGGGCUUACCAUGUCCGUAGUGGAAAAAUCCUGGCAGUGAAGGUGAUCCCCUUGGAUAUAACUCUGGAACUCCAGAAGCAGAUCAUGUCCGAGCUGGAAAUCCUCUACAAGUGUGACUCCUCGUCCAUCAUAGGAUUUUAUGGUGCUUUUUUUGUGGAGAACAGGAUUUCCCUGUGCACGGAGUUCAUGGAUGGAGGCUCUCUGGACGUUUAUAGAAAAAUCCCGGAGCACGUGCUGGGGAGGAUAGCAGUGGCUGUUGUGAAAGGCCUGACCUAUCUGUGGAGCCUGAAGAUUUUACACAGGGAUGUGAAACCAUCCAACAUGCUGGUGAACACCCGGGGCCAGGUGAAGCUCUGUGAUUUUGGGGUCAGCACCCAGCUGGUGAAUUCCAUAGCCAAGACUUAUGUUGGAACAAAUGCUUACAUGGCGCCUGAGAGGAUUUCGGGAGAGCAGUACGGGAUCCACUCGGAUGUUUGGAGCCUGGGAAUUUCCUUCAUGGAGCUUGCUCUUGGGAGGUUUCCAUAUCCUCAGAUUCAGAAAAACCAGGGAUCUUUAAUGCCUCUCCAGUUAUUGCAGUGCAUUGUUGAUGAGGAAUCGCCGGUGCUUCCAGCCGGGGAAUUCUCGGAGCCAUUUGUGCACUUCAUCACUCAAUGCAUGAAGAAGCAGCCGAAGGAAAGGCCAGCACCUGAAGAUUUAAUGGGUCACCCCUUCGUGGUGCAGUACAACGACGGCAACGCCGAGGUGGUGUCCAUGUGGGUGUGCAGGAUGCUGGAGGAGCGGCGAUCCCAGGGAGCACCGUGAGCUCUGCAGCGUCCCAGGAGCUCUUCCCACACCGCCUUCGGACUCUCCGCUGAUCCAAUCUUUUUUAUUUUACCUCCAUUACUUCCUAGAAGCAUCAGCAAGAUCGGGAUAUUUGUUGGCUGCCUUUUCCUCGCUGCCGCAUUGAGGAUUUUUUUUUUUUUUUAAUUUGUUUCUUUGGUUGCUGAGCAGUUUCCAGGUUAUCUUCAAUUAUAUUGUACACAGCCUUAAAGCAAGUAUUUUAUAUCUCUAUUUUUGGGUUACUGAAUGUUCUAUUUCCUGACUCCAGAGUAUUUUUUAACUGUUGCUGCUGUCUGAGUGUCCAGAGGAUUUCCCGAGGAGUUGGUGGCUGCCUCUGAGUGCAGCUGCCACAAAAUACUGGCUUUAAAUCUGAAACAAAAGCAAACAGGCCAAAAAAAAAAAAAUUAGAAAUAUCAGAGCUUGCCCAGCCUGUGAGGGGUGCCAGGUGGGUCAGCAUCACACCAGUAAGUGACUGGGAAUGCCCCUCUCUGCUCCCAGUGCCAGCUGCUGGGGAUCGGGGUUCGAAAUCCCAAAAUCCUGGGGGCCAGACACCGGGAGCAUCCAUGGGCAGGCUCUGCAGGCUGGUCCCUGAAUCACGGAGGGUUUGAGGAGGUGGGAGAGGGCAGGGCUGUGCUCUGGAGCCAGGGAAUGUUCACCUGGAGAAGGGAAGGCUCCAGGGAGAGCUCAGAGACCUUCCAGGACCUGAAGGGGCUCCAGGAGAGCUGGAGAGGGGCUGGGGACAAGGGAUGGAGGGACAGGAUGGAGGGGAAUGGCUUCCAGCGCCAGAGGGGAUUUUGGGAACAAUCCUUCCCUGGGAGGGUGGGGAGGCCCUGGCACAGCUGUGGGUUCAGCUGGGUCGAGCACAGGCUCCAGGUUUGCUGUUCCAGCAAGGAGGAAUGACUGCAUUGUCUCUGCUGGACGUGUCCACAACAGACCGACACAGAUCGAAUCAGUCCUUGUGUCAAAAUGCUGAUUAAAAGGGAAAAAAAAUAAAAAUAAAAAUGGAUGUGAGAGGCAGGCUUGGGGUGAGCGAGUUGGGUGGGAGGAGGUUGGGGUUUGUUUGCUUGACUUUGCGUUAAAAAUAAACUUUUGCUAAAAAAUAAAAUAAAAUAAAAAAAUUAAAAAUACACAUGUAGUUUAUUUUCUACCAGCGGCUUAACCCCCCCCAAACACACACACACAACUCAGUGAAAUAUUCCUCCCAAACCACUGCAAAUCCUAAAUGUUAUUCUGGAAGCAGCCUUGGAUUCCUUCCUUGGAGGGAUCGUUUGUCUUUUUUUGAAGUGUAGAGGUUGCAGGCGUGAACUCCCAGACUAAAGUUUGUCUUAAUUGCUCUGAUGUCACAGCCCGGCUGGCAGAUAAGAGCGCAAUGAAUGAGCCAGCAGCCCCCGUUCCUCCAGGUCCUUCUGCUAAAGUGAGACAAAUUCCCUCCCGUGAGCCGAGCAGGGCAUCGCCAGCGCUGCCAUUUAUUCAUCCCUAACAGUUCGCAGCAGCUUUCCCUGGAUAAAAGGUCUCUCUCUUUCUCUCUCUCUCUCUCUCUCUUUCUCUCUCUCUCUUUUUUUUUUUUUUCUCGGAUUUAGUUUAAAAUUCACCAAACCCCGAGGCUUUUCCUGCUGCUUUUCCUGGCAGGGGAAGACUCAUCUUGAAAAUCCGUGUGGGAUGGAGCUGAGAAAAACCUUCUGGGUUUGCUUUUGGCAAUUUUUUUUUGUUGUUGUUGUUUUGUUGUUUUUUUUUUUUUUUUUUUUUGUGUUGUUGCUGUUGGGGUUUUUUGUUUGUUUUGUUGGGGUUUUUUUUGUUUGUUUUUUUUGUUUUGUUUUGGUUGGUUGGUUGGUUUUGUUUGGGUGUGUUUUUUUUGUUUGAUUAUUUUGUUUGUUGUUUGUUGUUUUUUUUUUUUAAGUGGUGACAGAAUUAUAAUUCGCUUGGUUGAUCAGUGUAAUCAAUUAAUCAAUCCAGCAAUCAGGGAACUUUGGGGCCUGCAUCCCGUUUCCUGUCCCAGAUCCUUGGAUUCAGCGCAUCCAGGGAUCUGCUCAUCACUGCCGGCAGGGUUUGUGGGAACGGGGCUGGAUGAGAGAGCAGAGCAGCGAGUUUGGGAUUCCCCAGCUCCUCCCAGCCUCGCUGGCGUUCCCAGCUGAGCAGCAGCGAGCUCGGACCUUCCCAGAGCUCCCCAUCCUGCCUGGACACGGGAUCGGGGGGUGGUCUGUCCCCACAGGGACCCCAAUUCCUGCCGCCGCCGCUCGGCACCCAGGGGCACAGUGAGGGGCAGUGCAGGAAAUCAGCAUUUAGCUCUGCCGGGUGCCCCCCACGCACCCCC